AUGUCACUAUCUCACAUAUCGCUAAGGCUAGACUUAAAAGAAAAGGCCGAAACAAAGAUAAGGAAGCAUGACAUGGAUCCCUACAAGCACCGGCCAUCCAGCGCUUUCAAUUCUCCCUUCUGGACUACAAAUUCUGGUGCUCCUGUUUGGAACAACAACAGCUCUUUAACUGUUGGAGUUAGAGGUCCAAUUCUCCUCGAGGAUUAUCAUCUUGUGGAAAAGCUAGCAAACUUCGACAGGGAGCGGAUCCCAGAACGUGUUGUCCAUGCCAGGGGAGCUAGUGCAAAGGGUUUCUUUGAGGUCACACAUGAUGUUUCUCACCUGACAUGUGCAGAUUUCCUUCGAGCUCCUGGAGUUCAGACACCAGUAAUUGUCCGUUUUUCAACUGUCAUUCAUGAGCGUGGUAGCCCUGAAACUUUGAGGGACCCUCGAGGUUUUGCUGUGAAAUUUUACACCAGAGAGGGUAACUUUGACCUUGUUGGAAACAACCUUCCCGUCUUCUUUAUACAUGACGGCAUGAAGUUUCCAGAUCUGAUCCAUGCUCUUAAACCCAAUCCUAAGAACCACAUCCAGGAGAAUUGGAGGAUCGUUGACUUCUUCUCUCACUUUCCAGAAAGCCUUCACAUGUUCACCUUUUUAUUCGAUGAUUUGGGUGUUCCACAAGAUUAUAGGCAUAUGGAUGGUUUUGGAGUUAACACAUAUACCCUGAUCAACAAGGCUGGGAAAGCACUGUAUGUGAAAUUUCACUGGAAGACCGUGAGUGGUGUGAAGUGUCUAUUGGAGGAAGAGGCCAUUAAGGUGGGAGGAGCUAACCAUAGCCAUGCCACUCAAGACCUUCAUGAUUCAAUUGCUGCUGGUAACUAUCCUGAGUGGAAACUAUUCAUUCAGACAAUAGAUCCUGAGCACGAAGACAAGUUUGACUUUGACCCUCUUGAUGUAACCAAGACUUGGCCUGAGGACAUUAUACCCUUGCAACCUGUUGGUCGCUUGGUCCUGAAUAAAAACAUUGAUAACUUUUUUGCUGAGAAUGAGCAACUUGCAUUUUGCCCUGCGAUUGUGGUUCCUGGUAUAUAUUACUCAGAUGAUAAGAUGCUUCAAACCAGGAUAUUCUCUUAUGCUGAUACACAGAGGCACAGACUUGGACCAAACUAUCUGCAACUUCCUGCUAAUGCUCCCAAGUGUACUCACCACAACAAUCACCAUGACGGUUUCAUGAAUUUCAUGCACAGGGAUGAGGAGGUCAAUUACUUCCCUUCAAGGUAUGACUCCGUUCGUCAUGCAGAAAGGUUCCCAAUACCUCCUGCUAUCUGCUCUGGAAGGCGUGAAAAGCGUGUAAUUGAAAAGGAGAACAACUUCAAGCAGCCCGGAGAGAGAUUCCGAUCUUGGGCACCAGACAGGCAAGAUAGAUUUAUCCGCCGAUGGGUUGAUGCUUUAUCUGAUCCACGUGUCACCCACGAAAUCCGCAGUGUCUGGAUAUCAUACUGGUCUCAGGCUGACCGUUCUCUAGGCCAAAAGAUAGCAUCUCAUCUGAACAUGAGGCCAAAUAUUUAA